AAGAAGAAGCUUUUCCGGCUAAACCGGAAACGCGCCAAAAUAGAAUUUUAGCAGAAGCAGUAAACAAACCGCUGUUCGUCUUCUAGAACAUUUACGUUUUGUUGGAAUAGUCGGAGAACGUUUAUAACAGAAGAAUGGACCCAACAACAACCUUCUUCUCCAAACUGAGAAAGCUGGCGAAAACUUUGGAAACAGAAACCGAGAGACUCCAGCGCGUCUAUGAGAGCCGCGGUGAGGAGAGCGACUCCGGAGCCAGAGCCGGAGCGAUGCGAGCCUAUUACGAGCUGAACAGUGAAGUCAGCGAUCUAAAGGAUCAGAUCCGGGGUCAGCUGACUGAACAGAAAGCACAAGAGAAGGAAGUGAGUGACUUCAUCCAUGCCUGUAGAGUGAUGGAGCAGAAGGUUACUAAAGACAUCCAGGCUGUCAGGACACACCUGGAGAUCUAUGGUUAUCGAGUUUGUACGGAGCUCCAGACACCAGGCGAGGUGAACAAACAGCAGGCAGAGGCUGAAGCACUAAUAGAGGAGGGUGAACCCAGCUCAGCAGCUGCUGAAGGUGACGGUCAGGAGACAGAUGAAGGGGUUCACUGCUCAUCACCUCCAAAAAUGGAGCCCAUCUUCACUGAUGGGAUGCAAACCCCUAAGCUCUCAGAUUUUGGUCUGUCUAAGAUGCAGCUUCAGAGAGCUCUAGCUGGGGCAGACUGGUGCUCUGAUGUCCCUCCGAUGCCUAAGAUGAGCCUCCCAUGCCCCUCGCUCAACAUACCGGCGUCGCCUCCCAUGCCCCUAACUCCUAAACGGGCCCUAAGGAUGGACGACGAAGAGCUGCAGGAACCUCAGAUGCACGAUUUUGGCAUCUCGGAGCACAACAUGCCUCUGAACAAUGACUUCACCAUGAAUCUUUUACUGAAGACCCAGAGGUCACCACCAGACAUAGUCGUACCACCAUCUCUAAAGGAGGGUGUGCAGACAGCAGCUGGCAAGUUGCAGUCUGCGCUUUGGACCCCAGGGUUUAAGAUGAAAAAGCCCAACGCUCACUACUCCACACCAAAGCAGGACAAGUACGACCCAGAGUCCUCUGGUCAGACAUGUGACCCCCCGGUCACCCCCCAGGUCCCAGCCUUUAAAACCCCGUAUGUGAACCGACUGGUCAGCACCAAAAAGAGUGCACAGCCUGAGCCAACCAGCUGUAACGGAUCCAAACUAAGAUGGGAGUGCAAUGUGCCCGAAAUAUCUGUUGGUUUUGAGGACAAGCAGAUGCCAGAGCUGCCAAACUUGGAGUCAUUUUUGGGAAAUUCUCUGCAAAACAGUAAUGGGAAGAUGCUGAAGAUUAGAGGAAAAGAGAACAUAGGAAAAGACCGCGCCGUCAACAGGCUGGAGCUAGAUGGACCCACGCAGGAGUUCAGCUUAGGAACGCCUCGCGUCAGAGCCAACUACCAGGAGCCCAGCACCCCUGAGAUGCCAGACCUCAGCUCUGUUACUGGCGACAUUUGUAAACUUGUGUCCUUGGCUCAGAUGAAAAAGACGAAGAGUGCACCCUCGAACAUGCAUGUGAAGCCAGAUGACGACAGACACGGCCGCGUUUCACGAGCAGAAGGCGUGUCUGCGGUGACACAGACCGAGUUCCAGACUUUACCAAGCUACCUGAGGAGCAUGACUCUGAGCAGCCUCAACCAGGUCAUCUCCAACAUCAACAGAUUUUUGGAAGAGCAUCAAAGUGAGUUCUGUUGUGCACGUAGAAACAUAAGCAGCUCUCGUAGUACAGGAGAAAUGAAGGGUUUGACAGAUGAAGAGCUGCGGGAGGCCGUCGGUUUUGGGACCAAAUCUCCUGUGUACAUCGUCUGUCUAAAGGAGCUCGGGAGGUUGUAACAUGUGGAAGGCAUUUUUGACGCUGAUGUUUACAACCUGGUGACCCAAAACAAAAGACGGAGGCCCUCAGGCCUGAGAGAAUCCUGUCUGGACUCAGAAAACCUGAUUCUCAGAGUUAGAGACGCACAGAGAAGUCUCAUCUGAGGAACUUCAGCAGAGACGGAGUUUGUGUUUAAGCUGUAAAUGUGCAUCAUAAAGUCCCUUAAUAUCAAACACUAGAGGAGCUCUGUAGAUGAUGAAUAACAAGUAUUAAAGAUGAAUGAUAUAAAAUUAAUGGCUAGUUUUCUAAAUGUCUAAAUGAUUGUUUAUUUUACUUUCACAGCUCCACUUGGACUGAUUUUUGAAUAAAUGUUCAUUUAUGGUGAAUCAUUAAAAGUACAUUUUAGAAAAUUG